AUGUUUUUGGUUAGGGUUGGUCUUAAGAUAAGUCCGAGACAAGGAGUACUACUUCAUGUACUUCCGAAAUGUAGGGUUCAAAACGCAUCGCUUCUAACUUUGGGGAGAAGAUCUGUGGUUACAUCUACAAUUGAUUGGAACCCUAUUAAGACACAUCAUAAUCCCAAUGAUAAAGAAGAGAAACGGGGCUCCUUUGGUAAAAAUAUCGUGCUGGGAUUGAUGAUUGCUAUGCCAAUCAUCUCAUUCUAUCUAGGUACAUGGCAAUUAAGAAGAUUAGAAUGGAAGACUAAAUUAGUGACUCAGUGUGAGACUAAAUUAAUGUAUGACCCAAUCCCUUUACCAAAGGAUUUUUCCGUUGACAUGUGUGAAGACUGGGAAUAUCGUAAAGUCCGUAUUAGAGGCCAUUUCUUACAUGAUGAAGAGAGAUUUGUUGGACCAAGAUCCAAAUAUGGUGAGAAGGCGUAUGUUUUAUACACGCCCUUUGUUAGAGAAGACACUGGUGAGAAAUUAUUGGUGGAACGUGGAUGGAUCAGUGAACACAAAGUUUCGCCAGAUACUAGAACGUUACAUCAUCUAUCGUUACCUACAUCGACUAUCGAUCUAAUUUGUUUGGUGCGUCCACCAAAAGUGAGGGGUAGCCUUCAAUGGGAACAAAAUGAUAAGAAUUCGAGAUUAUGGCAGGUGGCUGAUAUAUAUGCUAUUGCUGAUACCGUUGGAUGUAAACCAAUUAAUUUCCAGGCUCUUUACGAUUUGAAGGAUCAUCCUUCUUGGAGAAGUGCUGAAAUUAAUAAUUUAGCUAAUAAUAACAAUUCUCAAAGUACAUCAUGGUGGAAGUUCUGGCAGAAACGUGAUGAAUCAAAUACCACACCUAAGGUUAAAACGUUUGCAACUGAUAAAGAUGAAAACUUGGAAUUCAAUGAAUUACAAUUGGUCAAAGCUGGUGUCCCUAUUGGUAAACAUCCAUCAAUUGACUUAAGGAACAAUCAUCUCCAAUAUUUAGUUACAUGGUAUGGUCUAUCACUUUUGAGUACAAUAUUCUUGGUAGUAGCCUUGAAAAAAUACUGGCUAGGUGGUGUUGUGUCGCAAUCUAAAUUAAAAUCAGAGAAGUUGAAAAAUGCCAAGAAGUAUAUGUAA